CAGGGGGGGCAGUGUGGUGAAGAAAGCAGUAGGGUAGUCAGUGGUGGGUGAGAAGCAGAGGGGCAGCGAGGUUGGGAGAAUACAAGACGAGUAGAAUAAUUCUGAAUGAGCUGAAGGGAGCGGGUAGCCGAAGCUGGGAGACCAGUCAAUAAGGACAAAUUGACAGUAGUGGAGUUGAGUGGAAUAAGUAGUGAGAAAAGGAUGGAUUUGGUAGAUGUUGCUAAAGAACUAAAGAUGUGUUGAGAGGAGAGUGAGUGGUCAAGAAUAACACAUAGGGAGAGGAAGCAGAAGGAAAGUAGAGGUCAGAUUUAGAGAGGUUGAGUUUGAGGUAGUGAGAUUGGGAAUGGGUCCAAGUUGAGAUAGCUGAGAGGGAUUCUGAGAUGUGGGGAAAGAUGAGGGAGUCAAAGGGAAAGGAGAUGAAGAUCUGGGCAUCAUUAACGGCGGCAGGAGGAACCAAAAGAGUAGAGUGCCUUGUAGACAGAGGACAAAGAGAAGGGAGAACCACCACGCCAGGAAACUUGCAACGAACGGUUAGCGAGAUAUCAGGGAAACCAGACAAGAGCGGUGGCUCAGAUCAGGAAUAAGGUGCUGUAGCUUUAAGAAAAACAAAUUAUGUGAACAUUUUUGGUUGGCCACAAAUUUGGUUUACACAGCAGACAUUUAAGUAACAUGCUUCGGUUUAAAUUGUGUGACUGGUGAAUGUAAAGCAUUGGUUUGGUACUGUUUCUUCGUUUGUUGCAAACGUGUGCCUUUUUAUGAAAAUACUUUAAACCUUAACGAUGUUGUCUACAUGAGUACAUGUUUAUAAACAAUAUGGGCGACGAUGAGGGUGCUGCUUCAAAGCUUUUUAACACAAAAGUGUUAUUAGGAUUGGUGGCAGGAGCAGGGUUUUCAUAUGGGCUUUAUAAACUGAUAUUUUCUGGCGGAAACCAUGGGACGAAACGCGAAGAUGCCGCCUGGAAUAUUUCCAUGCAACCAGGAAGUUUACUGGAGCGAGUAUCUGGAUUGCCGUUGGUUCAAGAAAAAUGCGAUUUGACCCCUAAUGGAUCAAGCACAGAUGAACUGCUUUCAAAGUCUCCAGACAGCCUGGAACCACACCACCUGGAGAUGCUGCUUUCUUUGCUUCAGCCAAAUCAUGAUACUUCCGCAAGAAUACAGGUUUUAGUCACUUUAAGUAACAGUGCUGCCUUCUCAGUGAACCAGGACUAUAUUCGUAAAAUGGGUGGCCUUCAGGUCAUUGGAAACUUGUUGUCUGAUCCUGCUUUUGAUGUCAGAGUUCAGGCUUUGAAUGCUCUGAACAACCUGAGCAUGAAUGUCACAAACCAGGAACAGUUAAAGGUGUAUGCAGGGCAAGUUUUGGGGAUCAUAGAAACCUCGCCUUUGAAUUCUGACCUACAGCUGGCGGGACUGAGAAUGCUAACAAACAUGUCUGUCACAAAUAAUUAUCAAUACAUAAUGAAGAGUUCCAUUACUCUGUUUCUGUCUCUACUGGUUGUUGGCAAUGUAGCAUUACAGAUCCAAGUUCUAAAAAUACUUGUGAAUUUAUCUGCUAAUCCAGACAUGGUGGAAGACAUUCUCCGAUCCCAGGCACCAGUCUCCCUGGUUUUGUUGUUCGACUGCUGCACCAACACAGAAGUUCUUCUUCGUGUGCUGACCUUUGUGGGGAAUUUAAAAGACUGGACGACUUCCACACACGUAACAGAUAUUCUCAAACUCAGCAAAGAUUCUCUCUGCUCUGUGCUGUAUGGAGAUUCUUCUGAGUUCCAUCAGAGACUCCCAUUGUUAUUGUCACACCCUGAUGGACAGGUGAAAAAACAGGUGGCAAAGAUUAUGACCUAAGUAUUGUGAUAGUAAUGGUACACUCGGUGCCCUUACACAGCGCCAGACUAGAAAUGUUUUUUUUUUUUUUUUAAAUCUAUUUAACAUGUAUAUGUAGUAAAUAUUGUUGGCAGUUGGCAAGCUAAGGUUUCAGGUUAACAAGGUGGCAAAAUGAAAAUUGAUUUUGUUCCCUGGAUGGUGUUGUCUUGACAUUAAGUUUGUUUUGUUGUUGAAUGUGAUUGGGACAGCUCCAAGGUCACGUCAUUCCCUUGGACUACCAUUUGUGCCAUUGUGUUAGAGAUUAUCAAACUAAAAUAACUCACUUUUAACUGUUUAUUCAAAGACAGAUAUUCUUUCCUGUAAUAGAUUUUCCAGUAAUAUAGAGACAUAAAAUAAAUUACUGAUGAGUACUAUAAAAAUGAUACAGUACAGCCCAUUAAUCAUGCUUAAUUGUGCAUUAGCACACAUAUGAUGUUCAUUACCCUAAAUAUUUUAACUGAUUUUAUAAAACAGUUGUUAACAGUAUAAAUGACAAUCUGUUUUUUUUGUGUUUUAAUCAACAUCCCUCAUUGCUUCACAGUGACAUUUUCCCAGAACCCUGCUAUUGCACACUUACUUCAGCAUGCAUGUCCUGAAGACAGGGAAAUAGUGAAGAAGCCAGACAGUACCUACCUUAAUUUUACAUAUUGAGAAAUGCUUAUCAAAACAUUCUUUAACACUACUAUACUUGGGGAUAUAAGAUGGUGCCUAUCUAGCUGUCUUAUACGUAUAGUUUUGCAUUCAGAAGUGUAAUUGGGAUAGAAGGUGGUGCUCUAAGUGAAAUAUUAUAAAUCAUACUUUUUCUAUCAAGUUUUCAAAGCCAGAAUCCAUUGCCACCCCUCCUUUAGGGCAUAUCGUUUUCAUAACUAUGAAUAUUGGUCCACACUGAUGAAAGAAGGUACCAAGACCUAACAAUAAGAACUCCAUGGCAGGUGCAGAUCAGCAGUAUUUUCAGUUCAAGAAAGUUUUCAGAAAGGUUGUAUAGUACUUCAUUACCUAACUUUGUGAAUAGGGCAGUAUCAUCUACAAAUACAUAAACUUUUUACUUGUGCAAUGCAUUGGUAUUAUUUUAGUUAAACUCCCAACAGUACAUAUUAAGAAAUCUCAUCUUUUGGAUUUGACAUUUAUUUGGCCUAGGAGAAAAGAUAUGCAUGUGAAAAAGAGCAGUUCUGAAUACAGGCAAAAUCUAGGUUUAUAAAAUCACCACAUCAUGUUAACUCAAAAAAUACAGUGUUGACAAUCUGCAGUAAAACUGACCUAUAUUUUACAUCUUUUGCAUUGGAAACACAGGGCUGGCAAUCACUAACUCUUUUUAAAAGGCACACUUCUUAAGGCCAUCUCCAUAUUGCAUUCAAUUCUUCUUCCUGCACAUGUAGGCAAAAUAUGACAAACCUUCCUUGUGAUUUUUUAAAUUGCAUGUGCUUUUGCCAGCUACAGUACCCAGCACAUUAAUGUUGUGCAUAUUUUAUGCCUGGGUAAGGGCCUCUGCUAAGAAAUAAAUAAAUAAAUAAAAUAAUAAUAAUAAUAAUAAUAAUAAUAAUAAUAAUAAUAAUAAUAAUCAACAUUCCAUACAUUCCUCUACAACUUGCUUAGUGUUUUAAACACAUUUCUGUUUUUCUAAAUUAGCAGCUCUUUACACAUACAGGACACAAAGAGAAUGUUUGGUCCUGAUUGUGCUGCUUCGUUAGGAUUUACAACAACAUUUGGUAUCAAAUAAUCAGCACACUGACAUUCUGAACUACAAAGAUCAAGGUAAAAAUAAUUUGUAUUGCACUGCUCUUGGUUCAUUGCUCACCCCACCGCAACUUACAGCAAUUUUCACUCACAAUCUGAUAUAUUCAUCAUGUUUAUAAAACUUGCUUUAGGAGAAUUUUCCAAAACUUGUUAGCAAGCAUGUAGCAAAUAUAUGGCAAAGUACAGUACACAUCUGUUUAGCACUGUCUUUGAACAUCAGCUGAAUUAAAAAACACAUUUUGUAUUUUCUUUGAUUUUUUUACAUUUGUAUUAAAUGUCACUUGACUUUCUCAACAGCAAAAAUGUCUGUUUUGGAGCUGUGCUUCGUUUUAUUCCAUCAAUAAUGUUAGGGAUCUCACACCGUGUCCCUCCACUUUUAAUGGGUCCAAAUACUGUACCUUGAUUGAAACUGGUAUUCCAAUAAGAUAUACACACAUACAAAUAUACAUAAAUAAACAGGAACCAGUUAUAAUUGCUGCGAUGACAGUUUUAAAAACUAUUCAUGUUACUUCUAGAUCAGGGGUCUCCAACCCAGGUCCUGGAGAGCCCCUAUCCACCAGGUUUUAUAGGUGUCUUUACAUGAU